AUGGCCACAUUCCAGUCUACCCAGUCCGUCUCCCGCCUUAGAUCCAGCCGCGUGCCAGCCAACUCGAGCAAGCCGCUCGCAUCAACAGCCUCGAUAAGCAGCGGGUCGACCACGGCAUCGGCCAGCGUCGGAACGGCCGCUACCGCGCAAAACACGAGCACCACGUCAAACAUCUCACUGUUCCUCACAAACCUGCGCCUCCUCGACCUAGACUUGCUUCCAGACUGGCCAGACAUCAGCUCCCAUACCUUUUCGACCCGCGACCUCGGCCAGGGCCAGAAGAAGCGGAUCCAAUGCGUCGAGUGGGCAUUGUUUCAGCUCUUUGCAAUAUGGGAUCGCGAAGAGGCACGAAAUAAGCUGCAGCCCUUCUUUCCGCCACUCGAUCAUGUUCAGUCGCUGAACCUCCGCGCCGCCCUGCUCCGGGCCCUCGAGCAGGCCAAGAAGAAUGGGGUGCUCGGUCGUGAUGCGGUUGUGCGCAAGACCAUGCUGGACGAGUGCAAGGGCGAACGUCUCGAGGAAGUGCUCGCCGUGUUUUCGUCGGCCGUGCUCAAGAAAGUCGUUGCGGAGGACCGGCUCAACAGUGGGGAGCAUCCGGCAAUAGCCCAAACGCUGGCUCUCGAGAACCGCGGCUACACGGGCGAGCGCAAUGACUUGCGCGCGCUGAUCUUAGCGCACCGUGUUUCUCUAGCGGGCAUCUUGAAGGACAAGCACGCAGCAAGGACUAGAUACACGGACUUUGCAGAGCUUCUCGACCUGAAGGAACGGAGUAUCGCUCGUAGGAGGGAACAGGCAAGGGAGUCGGCCAGCGAAUCGAGCAAGUCAGGAACCGAACCAGUGACCGAGGACGAUAAGAGGCGGUUAUGGAGCACCGUGCGACAUAACUGGACUGGAAACGAGCAGUGGAUGGAGGCUCUCUUGCAUGGGGACGCUAGCUUGCAAAGGGACGGUGUUCUGACUGCUCCGUUCGAUCGGGUCUGGAGGAGAGUGGAGGCCAACCGGCUUUCAGAGCUCGAGGACCGCAGUGCAGGCCUGUUAGAGCAGCUGGAAAGCAGGGUCAAGACGCAGAGAGCGAGGCUCGAGCAGUGGCAGAAAUAUCAUGCCAAGAUGGUGAGCGGCGCUGGAGAGGCGGUGGAGAAGCGCAGCGACUCCCACAAGCAUCAGAAGGGCAUCGACCUGGGGUUCAAAGCGCACGAAAGCCUCAAUAUCGGCAGAUCUAGCCCGCGCAAACUGACAAUCCGAAACUCUGCGACGCUCGGAGGCGAGUACCUCGGCAUGGUCACACAGUUGCAAGAUGAACUGGCCGAGAUUGAUCGGGUUCCUCCGAACCCCCUAUCGGCACUAUUCGGGCACGCGAACAGGCGGCAGCGUGUGCCCUCCACCGACCAUUUGACAGUGGACCCAGGCGCGGACGAGGAGCCGAUUUCUGAACUGAGCGAGCUGGACGAAGAGGAACCUCAGCCACCGCCUCCAGUCAGAGAGGAUGUUGAGACUAUCACAAGACGAACCGCUGCUCAACCUGGCCCGCCACGAAAGGCGGCUGGCACGACUAUGUCUCGCAACCGUACACAAUAUGAGGAGAUUGAGGAUGUGCCGCGAUCACCAGACAGACGACGGCCAUUGUCUUUGCAAAAGAUCUCGCCGCCCCCGAGUCCACAGUCCAAGUCACCUCCUAUCUCUCCAGUGCGAUCACCGGUGCGCACGCCGUCGCCCAGGCGAUCGCCGCGAAAGCAGAUCACUCCGCAAGUUUCAGUGCAGUCUCCUAAGCAAGUCCUCUCGCCUACACAAGAGAUGGCUGAUCAGAUUCUCGCUUCGAUGAACAAUACCUCCCCUUCCCCAGGCAAGAAACCCCGUCACACGCUUUCUUUGGCAGAAAGAACACGAAUGUCGAUGGCCCGGGGCUCUCGAUCCACUACGAUCGAUGAGGAUGACGAGGCUGGCUUUGAGGCUCUGGCCAUCAAGCGCAAUACCAACGCGCAAGCCCAGAGCAAGGCGAGCGAAGACUCGAAGGGAGAGGGCGAGGAGUACGAAGACCUCAUCGCCCGAACGCGCAGGAGCAUGGUCGGAUUCGAGGCGGCACGGCAGAAGGCCCAGGUGGAGCGGCGGCGGUCGCAGCGCCGGUCGCGGCACAUGCCGUCUGCAUCAUAUUCGCGCAAGGAGAGCAGCAGCUUCUAUCCGGUCGUGGAGGAGGCGGACACAAGUGCCAUGUUGACAGAGGAGCUGCUCAUGGCUGGCGAGGAAGAUGCUGAAGCCAUCUUCAAGAGUCGGCCCAGGAUCAAAACCAGCCCUGCGCCGAGUCCUGCCAGGGCCGCAUGGAACGAUGAGUAG